ACAAAACUUUUAUGCUGGCAGAGCGGUGCCCAGCAUUUUCGUCAUUUUCUCUAUCCCCCGAUAACGCGCCCCUGUGAGCACAGUGCGCAGUGCCAGUCCCGGUGUCUGUAGCUUGAUCCAGCAUUGGCGAGAGAUCGGGGACGAAAUUCGGAGUGAAGUCUAUAGCGACCGAAGCAAUCAAUUGGCUUGAGGAGUGUAAUCCUAGGCCUGAUCAUAUUGCUUCAAUCAUGGAGUUUCCGUUCAUGCGAGCAUUUAUUGCCCUCUUUUUGUAUCGCUACUUCCGUCUUGUUGUGAAUCUCUUUUCUUUCUGGACAUUCAAACCAAUUCCUCCGCCGGAGAAUCCGAAGUUAACUGCCCAAGAUGUAACGGUUAUCUUACCAACGUUAGAGGGAUGUGGUGAUGAACUCGUGGAAACCAUAAGAACGAUUCUCGACACCCAGCCCUACGAACUCCUUUUGGUCACCAUUGAAGCGAAUCGACAAAAAGCCGAGAACAUGCUGAGCUUGAUGCCCGCUUCGAAGUCAAGAAUCCGCUUGUUCACCGUUACUCACCCCAACAAGCGUCGACAAAUGACUGAAGCGAUCCCUGAAGUCAAGACUACUAUCACGGUCUUCGCAGAUGAUGACGUGAGUUGGCCACGCACAGUCCUCCCUUGGAUGCUAGCCCCUUUCGAAAAGGAUGAGCGAUUCGGUGGUGUGGUAACUUGUCAACGUCUGAGACGGGCUGUUUCGCCAUCAUUCUCUCAACGCAUAUGGGGAUUUCUGGGUGCACUUUACUUGGAACGAAGAAACUUCGAUUGUGCGGCAACAACGCAUAUUGACGGUGGACUUCCCUGCAUGUCAGGCCGGACAGUCGCAUACAGAACAGAUAUCCUUCAGAAUGAGGGAUUCACGUAUGGAUUUACCAACGAAGAAUGGUGGUUCGGAAAGUACCAAUUGAACGCAGACGACGACAAUUUCAUUACCCGUUGGAUGGUGUCGCAUGGCUGGGAGACUUACAUGCAAUAUCAUCCUGAAGCGGAGGUCUUGACAACUCUGGAAGACAACCCCAAGUUUCUCAAGCAGUGCGCGCGCUGGUCCCGAAGCAACUGGAGGAGCAACCUCACAAGCAUGUUCCACGAAAAACACAUCUGGUAUCGCCAGCCUUGGAGCGCAUACGCUGUUCACUUGACGACGCUUUCGCCGCCAGCUUUCCUCGGCGAUUUAUUGCUCCUUAUACUAUGUCACAAGGCUACGGUUUCUUGGGACAAUGAUACGCACGCGUUAGCUAUGCAAGCUCUCGGACUGUGGAUGUUUAUUAGCAAGUUCAUCAAACUUCUCGGACAUUACAUCCGUUACCCGGUUGAUGUUAUCCUUUUGCCGGUGUCCAUCCUCUUCGGCUAUUUCCACGGAGCUAUUAAAAUAUACGCCGUGCUAACUCUGAAUGUGACCACAUGGGGUAGCAGAGACGGUGCCGAUGAUUAUGACGCGGAGCGGAUGAAGAAGCGAACGGACACGGACCGUAUGAAACGGCCUUAUUACCCGAGUUACAUAACUCAAUGAAGCCCACAUGCGCGGUGUGUGGACAUAUGUCAAAUUACUAAAUGCCUUUGCUUUUACCUUGAGCCAACCUUCUUAUCGUGUCCGUGGUUCAGCGACUGCUCGCACCCCGGGCGUGCCUGUCCUGCUGGUUACUGAAGCUCGCCUUUGAUAUCCCAGCGACCUUCCAGCAAUCGCUCUAGAAUCUCGGUUGCACGAUACACUAUUACGAUGAGAUGCCUUGAUGACGCUAAAUUGGGAACAAUGAGAUUAGGGUUCCCAUGGCCUUCAGUUGAUGUAUAAUUUCUCUUUGCACAAAUAUU